GGGCCCGCAGCCUGCAGUUGCCGUCGUGUUCUCCUAGUUCCUGCUUCCCAGGCGAGUGCUGCCCGAAUGGCCUCUCAAAAUCGCGAUCCAGCCGCCGCCAGCGUUGCCGCCGCCCGUAAAGGCGCCGAGCCGAGCGGGGGCGCCGCGCGGGGCCCCGUGGGCAAGAGGCUACAGCAGGAGCUAAUGACGCUCAUGAUGUCUGGUGACAAAGGAAUCUCUGCCUUCCCGGAGUCAGACAACCUGUUCAAGUGGAUAGGGACCAUCCACGGGGCAGCCGGCACCGUAUAUGAAGACCUGAGGUACAAGCUCUCCCUGGAGUUCCCCAGUGGCUACCCUUACAACGCGCCCACGGUGAAGUUCCUCACGCCCUGCUACCACCCCAACGUGGACACGCAGGGGAACAUCUGCCUGGACAUCCUCAAGGACAAGUGGUCCGCCCUGUAUGAUGUCAGGACCAUCCUGCUGUCCAUCCAGAGCCUGCUGGGAGAGCCCAACAUCGAUAGCCCUUUGAACACACAUGCCGCCGAGCUCUGGAAAAACCCCACAGCUUUUAAGAAGUACCUGCAAGAAACCUACUCAAAGCAGGUCUCCAGCCAAGACCCCUGACCCGGGCUGCCCAGCCUCUCCUGUGCCGUCGCCUUUCCUGGUUCUGCCUCACAGUCUGUCCUGUCCCUGAUCUCUGUCUUGAGCUGUGGUGUUAUUUUUGUUUGUUUUUUAAAUUAAGCCUGAGUUCUUGUGAUAUAUAUUAAAUAAACACAUUUUGGUUGUUUUUGUAGAA